AUGCUCAGCGCGUGCUCGGAGAUACCGACCAUCGAGAUCGAAGGCCACCCGCAGUACUCUGGCGGGCUGGACAGCGCGCCGGACAGCACGGUCACGAAUGUCAUCCACCAGGUGGAGAUGCGCAACGUCAGGACCCGCCCACGGCCGGGCGUGCCCCCGUACUCGCCGCCCAGCCUCCGGACGAAGCAGAUGCCAUCCUUGGCGCAGUAG